GUAAAUCUGAACCUACCUUCUUUCGUUUUCAGAUUUCUUUUGGGUAUUAUUCUGAUUAUUGCCACUUUUGAAUUGCGCCAAGCAGCGUCCUCUGCUAUGUCCGCUGAACAAACGUUGGACGCAUUUAAGCUAACAGAUGGCUGCGACGCCCUCAAGGACCGGCUGCGAUGUUUCCAGCAUAAAUAUCGCACAAUUGAUGGAACAUGCAACAAUCUGUGUCGCAUAAACCAAGGAGCUGCUUUCACUCCGCUGCGGCGUUUUCUUCCUAGUGAGUACGCACCUGGAGAGCAACCUCGCAACGAAUCAGUAACAGGCCAUCCCCUUCCAAAUACAAGGCGAGUAAGCAGGAGGAUAUUUCAAGGCUUCAAUGGUGACGAAUUUGGCAUCCGACCAAAUUUUACUCACGUAACAAUGACCUGGGGUCAAUUCAUGGAUCAUGACGUCACUCUGACAGAGCUGACACCAAAUGUGGAGUGCGGAAAUAACACAACACCGUGUGUUAACCAGGAAGGAUGCAUUGUAAUCUCACUGGAUGAACUGAAUGCUAACGAGAGAUUAGAGUUUAACACCAGCGCAAAUUGUAUUCCUCUCAGAAGGUCCUUUAGAAGAAACAGUGAACAGGUAGGCUAUAAGGGAGCUGUCAGUAAAAACAGUAUGCGUAGCCAGUAGCUGAUAAAUGACUUACAGUAGACUCCCGAUAACUCGACCUUCAAGGGACAUUGAAAGAGGUUCGAGUUAUCGGGAGCCCGAAAAAAAAAAAUAGCCGGGAGUAAGAAAAAAACAGUUCUUACUACAUAGUGAACAUUUUAAUCAAAUUUAAUUGUAGACAUGUCAAAUGGAAAUUAAAAGAUACUUGUCUAGACUAUAAAUCAGAACGUAACAUAACAGACCCUUGCUUAAAUAGAGCAUGCGUUUUACUGUUUUGAGAAGUAAGUUAGAUUUUUGACAAACAACAUAAGCCUCCAGUAGUAAACUAUAUGCCUUAAUAACACGUCAAUGGGAAAUUCAAAAUUCAAUGUUUGGGACGCCAGUAGACUCUGUUUUUUCCCUACUUUUAAAGGGUUCAAAACAUGGUUCGAGUUAUCGAGGGUAAAAUUACUGAAAUUAUAUAGAACUGAUCUGAAGGAAACAAAAACUACUUCGAGUUAGCGGGAGGUUAGAGUUAUCGAGGGUUCGAGUUACCGUCAGGGUUAAAUUUCAGUAAAUGUAUGACGGAAAUCCAGGGGAAUCGAUUUUGCUUCGAGUUAGCAAGAGGAUCGAGUUAGCGAGGGUUCGAGUUAUCGGGAGUCAACUGUAAUUUAAGUAUUGGUGUUGGUUUUAUAAAUCUUAAAAGAGAGUGCAUGAACAGAGAUCUGCAUCGCUCAUGACGCAGCUGCCUCAAAUCCCGCCUCAAAUGCAAUCAUUAUUCUGUUUAUCAGAUUGGAAUACUGAACAGCACAAAAGCGAAGUCCUAGAUAAAGAUUGAGCUAUGUGUUACUGUCACUGUUACUGACUGUGCAAACGAUUUCGUCAGUCCUCAUGAUUAAAAUAAGGUCUUUGAAACACGAUUUUAAUUGAAAUUAUCGCGUUGAAACAGAGCAAACUUUGACAAUUCUGCUUGCCAAAUCUAUUUGGCUGAGACGCCGGCCUGAAAUGCUGGUACCACUGAUUGUUGCUAUAAUGAGUAAAUAAACUUAUUAUAUUGGAUGAGGUUUUUGUGAUAUUCGGAAUAAUCAAGGGCGUGGUAAGUAUAUGUUAUCUGCCGAGGCUGGUCAUGAUAACACUUACCGAUUCCUUGUAUAUUCCAGAUAUCAGUAAAACUGAACCAAAUAAUUGCAUUAUUAUAGAUUGUUUUUGAGCAAAUGACGACAAACGCACCAUCGCACGGAAUACAGUUUGACAUUGCUCUUGGAAAUCAUGCAUUGCGCGCAACCUGCAGAUUAGUCACCAAUCUGCUAGCAGAUAACUAACCAAUCUGUACACUCUAAAACAAAGUGUGUUACUGCAACACACCUAUUUUUGUCCUCAAAAGAACACACAAAAAGGUUGCAGUUACAAACAAUCCCUCAAAAUUACCUGUUUCAUGGCUAAAUUUGACACACUUUCAGUUGUGUUCACAAGAAAGAUGUGUUUUGUCACACAUCUUGAUGUGCCAACAAACAUAUCUUUUGAUGUGUCUUAAGAAAACACAAUGCUAGGUAGGUUGCAGUACAGAAUUCCAAAAUUACCUGUAGGCUCCUAGCCAAUGAGAAAACAGAUAAUGAGUACAAUGUAUAAGUAAUCUUGAAGCUGAAACCUAGAAAAAAAUGCAUUUUUAAUCAGGCGAAAAUUCGACAAGUAUUCUUUGUUUUCACUGUCACGCCAUCGAAAUUAAAAAUCGAAACGAAAGUCCAGAAUCUAGGAAAUAGAAGAUGAUCAAUCUGCAAAAAGCCUCGCUAAAAAAAUCAGGGCUGUACGAGGUAUUUGGAAAAAUGUUUUACCCAAACCUAUAAAGCUUUGUAUGGAGACGCCAUGCUGGUGUCCCUUUUGAAGGGCACAAAUGUGGUGGCCGGAAACCAACAGAAAUAUCUGUCUUGGAGUUUUGCUAAAAAAGCGUGAAUUCACCGAUUGAGGAUUCUCUGAAAUGAAGCAAGGAAGUUUAAAGGAAGUUUAACUAAAUAGCAAAAUCUAGAAAAAAAAAAACCGGUAACAUUUUCAACCUACAUCAUGAGAGCUGUUCCAGCCACCAUUUAAAUUCCGCGUGUGUUUUCAUACAACGAGGGCGCUAAAGAAAUAAUCACCUUCAGUUUGAUACUCCUUCCUCUCGGUUGAAAUAAGGGCCUGUUUACAUGGAGGCGGGGGGGGGGGGGGCAGGUAGGUGAGGUAACCCGUUUAGGUAACCCGUUUAGGUGGGUUACCCACCUGUUCAUGUUCUCAUUUUAAGUUGAUCACGUUUACAUGUUAGGUGGGGUGACCCGCCAAAUGUUAAUCUCACAUUGCUGGGAUCCCCCACCUCCAUGUAUACAGGCCCUAAGACGUCAUCGUCGAAGGGCUCCUGGCAUCAUCUAUUUUAGCAUUGCGUAUCAAGAAGUGGUCUAUUGUACCGGAUCAAAUUCCUCAAAACAAUAGGCUUUUGUCCAAGGUGUUGCUGCCGAAUUCACUCCGAACAGAUUAGCACAAUGGUUAAAUUUCGACGUGACAACGUUAACAUGUUAGGGGUUGGAGGCGCAACAAUUACGUCAAUCACCAGGCUGCGCGGGGGUGCAGAGUCAAACAAACAUGGCAAGCGUGUGGAACCCUCCUACACUGCUAAUUUUGAUAUUUGACGUUUUGACACGGGAAACGGUUUUCAGAAGUGGACGGGGAGGUGGGUUAAUUAAGGAAUUUAGAAAGAUGCUCACAGGCUCACCCCCUUCUCACUUCUUGCUAUUUUUGCUCUCUCGCUUUUUCACUGCUUGAAUGCCCGCUUUUUUUGCUCGUCUUUACUGAUCAAUAGCCAGGCACAGCGGGCUACUAGCUCCUUUCAAAAAAAUUCCAAGUUCUUGGUAUGUGCUAUUAGUCUACAACAGUUGAUAAGCAAGGUGUUUAAAACGACGACGUCGUCCAAGCAAAUAUGCGAGCUGCGAUACCUUGAUGAUCCACGUAGAAGCAAACCGUGCGGUCAUGGGAACAACAGACAAACAAUUACCUUCGCGUCAUAGGCGUGCGCUAAAAACAGAUUUCAUAAGAUUAUCAUGAGGCACAGGGAUUCACUCCCUUCUCUCAUUCUCUUUUGUGGAGGAGUUGUAGCUCUUUGAAAAUUUGAGAUUUGAAGUUAAACAUAAUUAGCUGUAAUUAACUGGUCUGUCAUAGCUGUAGGUCAAUUGUAGGUUGUUUUAUUGUCUUUUCUUCAAACAAUGAACAAUCCUGGCCUUGGUUGCUCAAACGUUAGAUAGAGCUAUCCACCAGAUAAAUCACUAUCUAACGGAUAGGCAGGGUCACCAAACGGUACAUUUUGAGAAAAAGACGUAAAAACAACAACAAAGCAUGAAAAAAGUCUUCUGAAGCCAUUUUAAGUAUUUUGGGAGAUUGCUGGGAAACAUUUAUCUGUUCUUCACUCCCAGCAAGACUGAUGGAUGAGUUCCCAGCCAGCAACUGAAGCUGCACCUACAACCUGCAACCUGACUUACUAGAAAGUUUCCCCGCAGACGUAUGUCCAGACAUCACUGUCCAGUUUGGGUGUGAUCAUAGGGCAAAAUUCAGCCCUUCAGGGGAAGGGUGGGGGGUCGGUAGGAAAUUGGUGUGGUCUUCGGGCUAAAUUUACCCAAUCAGUGGGGGAGGGGGAGGAGUGGAAGAGGUUUCUGACAAAUAGGGAAUCCCGUGGAUAGCGUUAUCCACCUAUUGAGCAACUGGGCCUGGUCUUUUGUAAUCAGCCGGGAUACUGUUCCUUAGAAAAUGCUAUUAGAUGUUUCCAAUUUAUAAGUCCUCGACACUAUCCUUUGUGUUAGAUAAACGAGAUAACAGCCUACAUUGAUGCUUCACAAGUGUACGGCUCAGAUGAAGCUUUGGCAAAGAGGCUUCGAGACCAAAAAACAAAGCUGGGAUUGUUGGAUGUGAGACCUUACAUAAACUCCGAUGGCGAACCGAUUCUUCCGGAAGCUGAUGAGGAAGCUUUCUGCAGAUCAACAGAUACUGAAGCAAGUCCUUGCUUUCUUGCUGGCGAUAUUCGAGUGAACGAAAAUCACGGUAAUUGAUUAGUUUAUUUAUUUAUCUAAUUUUUAUUUAUAUUUAUUAUUCAAGUUCAAACGAAGAGAACAUUAAAGCCGACCAAAAACGUAUUAAUAACAACAAAAAUACAUAAAAACAAACAUAAAGCUGAAACCUUGAAGUUAGUCAGGAUAGGAACAAAACUUGCUACAACGCCGUCGUUAGUUUUUGUUUUGAAAUCGCGCUUUUAUAAGUGGCGCGCUCUGAUUGGUCAACACUUUGCUAGGCUUUCUCGCAGCUGAAAACACGCGUCGGCGUUGUGUGUUUCCUCAUCUGCCAGAUGGUUACACAGUUCGCCUUCAAGUCAGUAAAUGAUUUUUCAUGGACGUGGAUGAGUCCUGAUAUUUCUCAAGUUUACCUGAAAGAAACGCGUAGUCGGCUCCAUUAGAUGCCGAGGGAAAGUGACAAAAUAUACACGUCCAUUAAAGUUUAUGAUUGUCAGAAAUUGUGAGCCGCUGUGAAGAUGCAAGGAACCGUUUUUAUUUUUCAGAUCUCUGCCGUUGGCAAUAAGCUUUUAAUAGGUAUUUGAACAGGCAAAGUUUAUUGAUCAUAUUCCCAUGCACGGCUACCAAAAGCGUUUGAAAGUUCAAAACGUAAUAACUUGUUCGGGAAAUUUGUUGAAUGUGCCUUAGACGUGGAUAAAACUUGUAACGAUAUAAAUCAAACGUUAUGAGAGUAUAGAAGGCUAUUAAGCAGAAAAUGUACCGUGAAAAUUCAUGAGGUGAUGGUAAACAACGCUCAUAAGAUUUACUUAAACUUGCAUUUUUUGACAGGUCCGACGCAAACGGCUCGGGUGAAAGUGGUUUGUAACAGUAGCGCAGCUGACAAUAGUUUUGAAGGGAUAGCUCGAGCCAGUCGAAUACUUUAGAUGACAAUUUUCUUCGAACGGAUAGCGCGUCCGCAAGCCUUUCGAGCGGAUAACAAUUUUGUGCGAACGGAUAGCCUGAGUAGUUGAAGGAAUGACAUUUCUUUUUCGAACGGAUAGCUAGAGCCGUUCGAACGGAUGACAAAUUUUCGCGAACGGAUACCAAAUCAAUUGGAAAAGCCUUUCACAACUACUGUAUCAGUAAUUUCGUGUAACACGAAAUUCGCGGGAUUUGUUCACUUUUAUAUGUUUAUCCGUAAUUCAAGAUUAUAUGAUUCAUUCACAUAUUAAAUUCAAUAAGAACAGCUGAAGAAUAAUUUUUGUAAAAAUUGAUGUUCCUUUUGGAUCCACGGAUAUUUAAAAUUAAUCAAAAGAUCUUUUAUGUUUUAAAAGCAAAUUUGAGCAAUUAAGACAAAGUUUUAUGGCAAACGCCAUUUCUUAAAGCUAUCAGCAAUUUUUUUUUUUACUACAGUGUGUAGUAUUGUACCUAUGGGAUAAUUAUCUUCCGAAGUAAUUAUUUUGAGCUUAGAACUCAAAGAAGUCGUGUCUCAAACUCAUUUUUAUUCAAUAACUCAAUAUAUUGCACAAAAGAAAAUGUUCCACUUUCUUUCCUUUUUUACAGCGUUGAUGGCGAUGCAUACAAUUUGGGUACGUGAGCACAAUCGUAUAGCGAAUUUUCUGCACUUGUUAAAUCCCCAUUGGGGUGACGAAAGGUUAUAUCAAGAGGCGCGUAAGAUUGUUGGAGCUGAGAUUCAACACAUCACCUAUAAUGAGUGGCUUGCAGUUAUUUUCCCAAGUGAAGAACUGGUAAGAACUAAUGGAUGCGUAAGAGAUAAUUGCUAAUUUAUGAAAGCAUUUAUUCGCGAUAGCUUACAUCUGAUUUUAGGGAAGGGAGGGGGCAAAGAAAUUAAAUAAAACAGUAAAUACUAAAAUAAAUAAGCAAAAAUAUAAUCUAAAUUGGUUCAACAACGGUGGCUUAUUGUCGCAAGUCACUAAGGAGACGACGAAACGGAGACAAGCAUUCGGAACAAGGACAAAAACCUUUGGCCUCCGGUUUACGGAAUCCGAGAAAUUUUUGCUUAUACAUGUAGAAGCCGGAAUACAACAAGACUGAAAUCCAGUACUUGGAAUCCAUAUUCCAAUAUUGUCUCGGCCCUCACAAGACUCAAACAAACAAUUUACAAUAACUGACUUUCACUUUUUUUUUUAGUUUGCUUUUUCUUAUUGUUUUUGUUUAGUUUUAAUCAGUUUCAUGUACGAAUCCCUUCUUACUACGAAUCCCUUUCUUGCCUCUUGUUUGGAACUGAAUAAAAAUUCAAACAGAAAAAGAAAACUUGACAAAAAAGCACUUUAUUUCCAAAUGUGAGCAGAAACGAUUUGCCAGAUAUCGUAUCGUUCGGUGUCAAAAUCCGAUUGAGGUAAAUAUUCAUAAUGACUUUUUAAGGUAGGAAAAUUUGUGCACGACAACAAUUUUAUUAUUCUGGAAGUCAAGUUUAUUCAAGUUAAUUUCCGAACGUUUUCUGGAAAAUCUGUGUUUGUUUAAGAAAAGUUGCCGGUGCUUUUUAUUCAGUUGAGCUGCAUAGUUUUAUCAUAAUAUUCAGCAUAAUUAUAUCAUUCGCAAGUCUCGACACGUGACAUUCUCAAACGCAUUCGUCCUUGCUCUUUCCCACCUCAUACAAUCAAGCCGUCUCCAGGAUCCCAUCGGCUGAACAGAUCCUAGGCAAAUUGCGUUGAACAUAGUAUCUUGAACAUAUCGUUGGACAUAUCUUUCCGCUGCUCAGUGACCGAACCGAAGCACGGCCGAUUUCAAGUGGCGGGUUUUAGGAUUUAGUCUCGUAUCCUCUUUUAGUUCCCUUAGGAGACUUCGCCAGAUUUCACGUUUUUUUGGCCAUGCUGGUGAGUUAAAUGGAACUCGAAUCCAGGCCACUUUCGUUGGAGGUAACAGAGAAUUAUUGCGCUAUUCCCGGGCUGCACCUCCAAUCAUCGUCAGCAUAAUUUACGAGCACACUCACUUCAAGUCAGUGUUCAAGUAAUAAGGAGGUUCUGUUGUCCAAUUAAUUAUAAAGUUUAACCGUCUUUCUUGAAUGUUUUAAGCUUAUUGAGGUUAAAGUCAAGUAUUUUCAGUUAGACAUGACUCUGGUGGAGUAAACAUUUUCUGCUCCUAAAGGGACACAGUCAGCAAUGAGACCGCGCUGACCUUGACACUACUUUGCCUCAACCCGAAAUCAAAUGUACCCGUCGGAUACAUCUAGAAAUUCGCUUCAAUCUUGCCUAGAUAUAGAGUUUCAUUCGAUCCUCGAUCUUCACAAAAAACCUCGUUUUGAGCAAACUUCUACGUACUCAUCCUAUGACAUUAUUUUAUCAUAUUUGGUUAAAAACAGUAUCCAAAGGAACGUGAACAGAAGAGGUGGGAAACGCGUAGUCGCCGGGUGGAAGAAAUCGCCUUCGUUUACCAAAAUAACUAAAGAAAUGAAUCAAUGACACUGGCGAGCAAAUAACCGUUAUAUAUAUUUGGAAAAUCGAUGGAAAAGGCUACAGGUGUUUGGAAAAUCAAGCUUUCUCGACCUUGAGCCUUCGACAAUAAUUCAUGCAGACUCCGUGUCAUUCUUCACCUCUACUGAUGAUCGAAUUCAGAAGUAUUCGUCCAAGUUUGGCUUUCCCUGGACAAAUCCAUCAGUAAAUUCCCAAUAAUAUAUACAAAAAUGAGUGCUCUGAUAUGGCAUAGGGUCUAUAAUUACGAUUUGGGCUUGUAACUAGUUUAACGCUACAAGUUUUGUGUUUUGUGUAGAGUAUUCCGGAUGCGCUUCUCACUUUCUGUUUCAGGCGUGUCUUGUGAUAUGCAAAUCAGCUAAGAAAUGUUUUGAAAUGCGCAUGUGCAUCAGCUGCCUGUGUCAUUUUAAACCUUACUUUUAGCCGUUAAUGCAAAACAACCGAAACUGACCUUCCACAUAAUUCCUGUCCAUAAUUCUUUUUCAGAGAAAGAACCUAGGGCUUUUAUUGGAGCCUAAAGGGGAAUUCUUCAAAGGAUACAAUGUUUCAGUUGAUGCACAGUGUACCAACGCCUUCUCCACAGCUGCUCUUAGAAUGGGUCAUUCUUUGAUCCGCGAUACUUUCGUUCUUUUGGACACCAACUUUGGCAGGGCAGGAUUUGAUGAACCUAAUAUAUUGGAAACCAGAGACUUCUUUAACCCAGAUCGAUUUUACCAGGCGGGAGACAACGCAUAUGGCGGAAUUUUGCUGGGGCUAAUAAGAUUUUUUGCUCAAAAUGUUGAUCGGUAAGAUGAAGGCAGUUAAUCGUAAUAAUUGAUGAAAAUAAACUAGCACUGAUCAGGGAUUUUUGGGUACGUUCGCAUGUUCGCCACAGCGGAAUUUAUCAACGUUUUUAGAGGACCUUGUAAGUAUUAAACGAUGAAGUAAACACAAGACACCAUUAUGAAAUUUGAAAUUUCUCUACCAGUGGCACGAAAUGCCUUGCAAUCGAGGCUAUCACUAGCCCUGUAUGACAUAUUUUUUCUUCUGGCAGAACAAUUAACUAUACAAUGAUUUCCCAAAAUCUGCAAUUUGCCAAUGUUGGAUUAUAUUUUAGAAAUCCAGUACCUUAUAGUUUCUUUUUGCUGAAUGCUUCUCGCACGAUCAGUUAGGUUGCGUGUUCUUGUGGCGUCAAAUGCAUAUGUGAGUUGCAUAUUAUUUUUCGUUAUUAUUAUUAUUUUUCAUCAGCGGUUUCGAAAUCACUUUUUUUUCAUUUCAUCUGCGUUGUGGUAAAAAUUAAUAUCUCUGAGGUUUUUGCCCUUAUCCUGUAUUGACAACAAUUAUAUGACCUACAACUGACGUAAUUCCGCAUACUUUAGUAUGCAAGAGUAUGCAAAUCAAGAGAAUUACGGACAAUAUUCGUGCAUUCUUUUUUUUUUUUUUACAAACUGGAACCAAGAAUCUGACGAAGAGAAAAUUUAUCGUUGAACCGGGUCAAUUUCACAAUAGACAAUAACAAGUGAAAAUGCACACGUGCGCACGUGCAAGAAGAUAAAAGUAUCAAGCUAUCUAUAUAUUUCUCUAUUCGCCACUUUGAGGUUGGCUGGGAGACCGGGUCGAGAUGGUUGUCAAAGUGCAUUGUGGGACUGCUUUGGGGGACGAAUUUGCCACCAUGUUGAAAAUUUGUCCCCCAAAGCAGUAACACAAUGCACUUUGAAACCAUCUCGACUCAGUCUCCAGCGCAACCUCAAAGUGGCCAAUAUGAAAACCUUUUUGAAAAUGGGUUUUGCAAUCCAUUUUUGUGGGUCUUAAUAAAGACGUAUCGCGUUUCAUGAUUCAUUUAAUUUAUUUCAUUUUUUUGUUUAUUUCUUCUCCUUUUAGGCGUUUCGUUCGCGCAGUAAGAGAACGCCUGAUAAUUGAAGGAGAACCUCCUAAUGGUGUUGUUGGCGAUCUAACCGCAAUCAACAUGAUACGCGGAAGAGAUCAUGGCUUACCAGGCUACGUCAAGUUCCGAGAAGCUUGCGGGGGAAAUCCAGCCGUUCGGUUUGAUGAUAUCCUUGAUACUAUUCCUAGUGCUCAAGUAAACAGGCUUAAAUCUGCUGGCAUUUACAAAAAGGUGCACGACAUUGAUCUUUUUGCUGGCGGCAUGAGCGAGAAAGCCCAACAAGGAAGUGCGCUUGGUUUCACCUUUACAUGCCUUGUAGGUCGGCAAUUCAAAGAUUUCCGUCAUGGCGAUCGCUUUUGGUAUGAGAGAGAUGAUCACCAGACCGGGUUUACCAUGGAACAACUUGACCAAAUACGACACUCGAGUCUUGCCAAAGUUAUCUGUGAUAAUACCGAUGAUGUGCGUCGCAUUCAUGCGAAGGUUUUCGUACAUAGAAACGCACCCGGCGCCAAUAAUCCUGUAGUCGACUGUGAUGAUCUGCCGUUUAUGGACUUGACUGUCUUUAAAGAAGGUGAGUACUACUAA